AUGAUUGAAACUUGUUCUAAAAAAUGCAUGUUAUUUGGGACCGUCUGUUUAGGAAUAUUGACGAUAGUAGUGCUAAUACUAGAGUCCCAUUUGGCUGACUCUAUGUCUGGUAGUUACAAAAUGAAGAACAAGACAUUCCCUACAGAAAACAAUUCAACAUGUUGGAUGCGACAGAAAUAUUCAAUUGUUAGUGAAUGUCAUCCUUGUUCAGAUUUCGAAAUACGAAGUAAGAGCAUAGGAGUAUGUAUACACACAAGUUUCAAAGAAAUACUUAAAUGUGAAAGUGGUGAAACGGUCACAAGGAGUUGUGAUCGAGUAGCGUAUCUUGAAGAAAGAGCUUAUUGGAAGUUCACAAUAUGGUCAUUUGCUAUUGGAGCAGCUUCCUCAACUGCUGUUAUGUUACGAUUACGAGUUCUCAACUAUCAUGCAAAACGAAGAGCUAGACAAGUCCUUAGCAAUGGGGCAAUUUAA